UCAGUGUGAUUAAUGUGAUAUUCAGUCAAUGGUGAUGGUGGGAGGAGCCAGUAAAGCUGCUCAUUACUGAUGAAGAGCUGAAUAAAGAGGAAGUAACUAAAGCAGACAGAUGUAGAGACAGAGAGAUUCACACAGAGAUCAUUCAGCAUAAAGAAGACUGAACUCAACUCACAAUGAAGAUCCUCCUCAUCUUCUUCACUUUCUACCUGAUCUCAGGUGCAGUGAGAUGCUUCAGUGUCACUGGAUAUUCUGGAGGAAGUGUUCUUGUUGAUUCUGGCAGGUCUUCACCCAAUAACAAUCACUAUCUGCAAAAACAAACCCGUGGCAAGUGGGAUAUAAUAAUAGACAAUAAAAAACAAGAUCAAUGGAUUAAUAAAGGAAGAUACACUUUGUAUCUGAACAAAAAUAGAAAUGUCAUGCUUUUAAUCAGAGAACUAAAUACACAGGACUCUGGAAGAUACAGGAUUCGGCUUUCAGGUUCAGCAUUUAUUGAAAUAUAUUUGGGUGUGGAAGAUGAUUCAUGUUGUAGCAUGUCAAAGAGAGUGGAGGCGAAGAAGGAACGAACUUCUAUCUUCAGUUGUGAAUAUUCACAGAAUCAUAUUAAUAAUCCCAAAAUCAUAUUUAAAGAAGGAAACGGCUCUAUUGAUGAAAUAAUAAACAGCACAUGGAAAAAAGGAAGAUUCAGUAUGUAUGAAAGAAGAAAUCAAAACUACAUAACUGUGGUAAUUUCUGCUGUGACACCAGAUGAUGGAGGGGUUUAUUUAUGUGGAGUUCAGAUCAACACACUCUCAUACAGUUACUUCAUUAUUACUACUGUUCAUCUACAUGUCAUAGCUAAAGUGGGCGUGUCUAGAGUGAGCGGCUACUCAGGAGGUGGUUUGAUGAUCAAGUGUGAACAUCCUCAAUACAAAACCAAACCAAAAUACAUCUGUAAAGAAUCAGAUGGAUGUUCAGAGAGGAAGAAUCCAGGAGUUCAGGAUGAAUGGAUGGAGAAUGGAGAUGUUUCUUUAUAUGACGACACCAGAGCAGGAGUCUUGAUGGUGUUUUUUAGAGAACUGAAAGCUGCAGAUGCUGGAACAUACAGGUGUGGAGUGAAUGUAUCUCACUAUACUGAGAGAUUCACUGAACUUCAGCUGAACGUCAAACACGAUGAAAAAUAUCUACAGAUGGUGACUGAAUCUGCUCAUUUUGGUGAAGAAAUCAAUAUCACUUGUCAGAUCCCAGAACAUAACGUUUAUUUCUGCAAAGAGGAUGAUAAUCACAUCUGCCAAAACAUCAGCUCAUCUAAAGUGACACAAAUGAAUGGUUCAUCUGUGAAAAAUAAAAAGAGAGUUUUUGUCAUCAGUAAUGUGAGUGUGAGAGAUGCUGGAGUUUACUGGUGUGGAGCAGAAACCAGAGACACAUAUUUGACUUUCAUCUUCCUGAACAGUAAAAUUCAGCUCAACAUCACCAUGCCUCCAGUAGUGAGACAUGAAGGAGAAUCUGCUGAGAUCAUCUGCCCUUAUGAUUCAAUCUAUAAAUCAAAGUCAAAGUCUCUCUGUAAGGGGAAGUGCUCCACUAGAGACAGAAAUACUCUCAAUGAGACUGUGAGAGAAGAGAAAGAGACCAAGACUGACAGAUUGACUCUGAAUGAUGACGUCACUGCAAGUGUCUUCACUGGGACCAUCACUGGACUGACAGCAGAGGAUGCUGGGAAAUACUGGUGUGCAGUGACAUUAGAAAGAGACCUCAAUUAUCUUUACACUCAUCUGAUCGUCAUCAUGAACGAGGAGCUGAACUUGACUAAGUAUGAAGGAGACGACGUGUCAAUCCAGUGCAAACAUCAGGAUGAAGAUCAGAAAAGCUUCUGCAAAGCACAUGAAGCCUCCAUGUGUGUGAAGGAUGGAGUUUCAUUGGAGACGAUCAGAGAUGAUCGAUUCUCUUUCAGUGAUGAAGCAUCUACUGGAGUCUUUACUGUGAACAUCACUGAUCUGAGAGAAGAGGAUUCUGGGAUAUACUGGUGUGGAGCUCAAGUCAUCAGGAAAGUGCAUUUAAAUGUCAGCAAGGAAAAGGAUAGGAAUUUUUCCAUGAUCAUCAUUAUUAGUGUGUGUGUGAUUCUGCUGCUGAUCGGUGGAUUCACUCUGACUGUGUGGAAAUUAAGACACAAGAGACGAGGAAUAACCUCAGCAUCAGACAAGAGAAAGAGGAAGAAAAAUACAAUGUCAUUAUGUGCAGACAGCAGAUGUGAUUCUCUCUCAGAUCCUGGAACAGCCCAAAUGAACAGCAAUGAUGAUUUACCCACAAUCCCCUCUGAUGGGCUCCUGUACACUGCUGUCAGUUUCCAGAAGCGUGAAGAGUCUCUCAGUGAUGCUACAGUCAGAUUCAGUAAGAAUGAGAUUCACUCUGAUUACACCACGAUAAAUUAGUAUUUAAAAAAAGUAUAGACUGCGUUUUUUGUUGUUGUUGUUGUUGUUGUUUUGUUGUGUUGUGUUUACACUCACAGCUUGUUGAAAAAAAAUUGUGUUUAUGUUAUUAUAUUCUAUAAUUUAGUGUUGAACAGUUUGUUUGGUUUGAUCAGUGUGGUUCAUUUCAGUGUUUGAAUCAUGAGACAAAGUUUCCACUGCUGACCAUGUUGCUUCUUUCACAUGUUUAAAAUAGUUUGUCAUCUCAGUUUAUGUGAGGGUGUGAUGAAAACAGGAAAUAAAACCCUUGAUUGACACUUUUAGAAUUUACCGUCAAGUUUCCAUUCCAAAUGCAGAGACACAGACACUUUUGACACUUAAUAAAGACUUUAACAGCAGUUCUUAAAGCUGUCAAAAUUACUGUUUUCUCUGUCUCAUCUUUCUGAAUAUUGAGAUUUGUAAAUGCAAGAGACAUUUGUUGUUGUUUGUUUUAGUUUCUUGCUCUUAGUCAUUUUUCUGAUAUUA